AUGGAUCAAUCCAAGAUCACUUUCUCCGGCGAGAAAGCAUCACCGCCGAUUAGGACAAAGAACUCUUGGCUCAGUUCGAAUGCCAAAGAUAAUGAUACGCAGCUCAAAUAUUUUAUUGAGUACAAGGCAGAAUCUUCAGAGCACAUAAACAAUUUAUACAAGUUCUGGGGUGUUGGAGAAAUAGAGGCUUAUGAGGAUAUGCUUAAGUGUAUGAAGUCGCUUACGCGAGCAGAGGAUUAUGCAAUUGUCUCACAGGAAUGCUGGGACUGCUUGGUGUAUUGUAGUCUUUUCCCUAAGGAUUACGAAGUUGAUGGUGAUACGCUGAUUCAAUUAUUGAUGGCAGAGGAUCUCAUCAUGGAAGAGAAUCCAGAAGAAAUUGCUGCUGCCUAUCUUAGAGCACUUUGUAAGUAUGGAGAAGUCGUUUCGUUGUUGAAAGAAGACUAUGGUACUGGGAAGAUGUGGUACAAGAUGAUCGGAUUUGAAAUUCCGAAACAAGUACUUGAAAGGUCUAAAAUCAAUCCUGUAAGGGUGAUCUCUGAUACUCCUAGUAGUGUUUUGAUUGAUCCUAUAGCAGAAACAAAACAUUUACAUGUUACUUUGCAGUGUUUACUCACAAAAGAUCUUCAGGCUCUUGGAAAAUUUACGAAAAUGAGGACUCUUUUGUUGUUGCAGGAUCAUAGGGCUAAUGUUGAUUGCAUUCCUUGUGGUUUUUUCAUGUCAUUGCACAAUCUUCGUGUUCUUGAUUUGAGCAGAACUAAAAUAUCAGAGCUGCCAAGUUCUAUAGGUAACGCGACAUCUCUGCGUUUCCUUGACCUCUCUGAAACACUCGUUACAAGGUUGCCUGAAACCAUAGAGUGCCUUCAAAAUUUGCAAACUUUGAAGCUCCAAAAUUGUCCUCGUCUACUAGCAUUACCAAAAGCCACCCGGAAGCUAACAAGCCUUCGACAUCUUGAUCUUGGUACCCUUCGUCGUAUACAUUCCAUGCCUGCUGGGAUCGGAGCACUAACAUACCUCCGCACUUUGUCAGAGUUUAUUGUUGGUAGAGAAAUUGGCUGCUGCAUUAGGGAACUCAAAAACAUGAAUGACCUUGGAGGAAAGCUUUGCCUUUCCAAGCUUGAAAAUGUUGCUGGCCUAGACGAUGCUGAGGAGGCGAAUCUCAUAUCUAAGCAACGACUCAAGAAGUUAGAGUUGAGAUGGACUGAUGAUGAGUACCAAGAACAUAUCGGAGUAAAUCAUGAGGUGAUCAGCUAUCUACAACCGCACACAAGCCUCCAAGACCUACGGAUAGUUUGUUAUGGUGGAUCAACAUUUCCAAGUUGGAUUAGCCACCUAUCUUUUGUGAACCUCAGAAAUAUAACCAUUUUUAAAUGUUCAAACUGUCAAAUCCUGCCAUCUCUAGGCCAGCUACCUUCACUUGAAUCACUCAGUUUAAUCGAAUUGAUUGGAAUUAGAUUCAUUGAUAUUCACUUCCGGAGAAACAAGUUCAAUCCUUCUGCUGUUUACGAGGAUGAUCAAUUUGUUGCAUUCCCAGCACUGCAGAAAUUAGAGAUGAAAUCAAUGAUUAACUUAGAAAUAUGGAGCAACAUCGGAAGGUUCGACUUACCAUGUCUACAAAAGCUUUCAAUCAAGAAUUGCACAAAAUUAGCUGCUCUUUGUGAGCUCACAAACAUGAUUUCUCUUGAAUAUUUGGAAUUAAAUCAAUGCACCAAACUUCCAUCGUUGCCAAAUCAGCUAGAAUUAAUGCCUACUUCACUUAAAACAUUAGUGAUUGAAGAUUGUCCCUUGUUAAGCAUAAGUUGUUCCAUGGAGGCUCAAGAUUGGGUUGAAAGCCAGCAUAGUCCUAAUUUGUUCAUAUACCAACGCGAAGAAGGGGCCGAAGCAGGGGCCGAAGAGCAGGGAAGGAGGAAAGCAGGCCUUGUGCUUGCAAACUCAAAGUCAGAUUCUCAAAUUGCCUGUUCUGAUUCUGAAGCACAAGGUUUCCUUUCCUCGGAAGAGGACAGUAUGUAGCCUAUAGGUAAAACUUCAACUAUGGACAGUUUCUGUUUCUAAGUUCCUGCUCAUUUUGAGCUCAAGCUCAACUGUUCAUUAUGUAAUACUACAUGUAGCAUUAAACAAUAUCUUGAGACUCAACCCCUCAACGCCUUCACUUCUUUGCUCAAUUUUUCAUCCUUAGCAGUAUUCUGUAUAUGUAAUCCUAUGGUCUUAUCUCUUAUGCCCCUCGUGCGGAGGGUCUCCUAACCUUUUGUAUAUGUA